AUGUCAGGGAAGAAGAACCAAGAAAAGUCUUGCAGUGACAACAAGCAGAUGGAAGAUACCUCUACAUCUCGACCUGAUGUAGAGGUUCCUGUGAACUAUGUGUACCGCCUACUGCAGGAGGAGCAGUAUACCCCAUGUAUAGGUUCCACCACUUCAGAUUUCCUACUGGCCACUCUUGAUUACCUUACGGACUAUAUCCUGGAGGUGGUGGGCUCUGAAGCCAAUAUCAACAGCCAGCAAGACAUCCCUCAAGAAGGAGAGAGAAAAGAAGACGAUGACCGUGAACCCUCUCAAUCAUUCAAUAACAUUCCUUUCUCUCUGUUUGAUGAGAUGCCUGGACCCAGAAGGAAUGGCUAA